AGGAAAACUUCGUCAGGAAUGGAAUUAAUGAGACAUUUUGGUUUUGUGUAGUGAUGAAGGGCAGCUAGUCUCCAAGAGUUACAAUGAUAGAUUGUGUUUCGUCAAAAAAGGUUUCCUGAUAACUUAAAUUUGGAGAGGAUGAAUAUCAUUGCUAAAAUCUGCUGAUAAUUGCUAUAUUAUUUUCUUUAUUGUUCGGGAACAUUUCCCUUUUGACUAUUUCCUUUUUUCCCGUAUCGGCUUCAUCCAUUAAAAAGACCUGACCAUUUUAAAUCGCUUCCAGAAAAAAAAAUCUUCCUUGCCAACUGAACGUGUUAAUAUUAUUAGUAUCAGAAGUCCCUCGUCUUUCCCGCUCUCUACCUCUCUCGCGCUUAGCCUCAUCAAUUCUUGCUCACGAAUCUCGCCACCUUCUACAAGCUCAAUAAAAUCGGAAUAAUCUGCAAUCAAAAUAAAAAAAAUCACAGCCAUGGCCGCCUCUAAGCUGCUGACUAAAAUUCGAGCAAUUCAAAAUCUUCAAAUCGGACCAAACCCUAACCAACGACUGCUCAAUGCCACCAUAAGGCAUUUCUCUCACCAGCCAAUUUCUGCUCCUCCUCCUCCAUAUGACAACAAUAAUAGGAAGACUGCUGACAAUAAACAUCAAAAGGCGUCGUCUCUGAAGGAUAUCGAACUUGCUAAAUUCUCAGCCAUUGCUGAUACUUGGUGGGAUUCCGAAGGGCCAUUUAAACCAUUGCAUGCGAUGAAUCCCACAAGACUCGCUUUCAUUCGCUCCACACUUUGUCGACAUUUCCGAAAGAAUCAAAGCUCAGCUAGGCCUUUUGACGGAUUAAAAAUUAUUGACGUUGGUUGUGGUGGAGGAAUUCUUUCUGAGCCUUUAGCUCGAAUGGGAGCAACUGUAACAGGAGUUGAUGCUGUGGAGAAAAAUAUCAAGAUUGCAUGCCUUCAUGCCGAUUUGGACCCAUUGACUUCAACAAUUGAAUACUGUUGCACAACAGCUGAAAAGCUAGUUGAGGAGCAGAGGAAGUUUGAUGCUGUGAUUGCACUUGAGGUAAUUGAGCAUGUAGCGGAUCCUGCUGAAUUUUGCAAGUCUCUGGCAGCGUUAACUUGUCCUGGUGGAGCUAUUGUUGUUUCAACAGUUAAUCGAUCCUUGAGAUCUUAUGCGACUGCCAUUGUUGCCGCAGAAUAUCUUCUCCAUUGGCUUCCAAAAGGUACCCACCAAUGGUCAAGUUUCCUCACUCCCGAAGAGCUGGUACUGAUCCUUAAGCGUGGCUCUAUCGAUGUUAAAGAAAUGGCUGGAUUUGUGUACAAUCCCCUGACUGCGCGGUGGUCAUUAUCAGACGACAUAAGUGUGAACUUCAUCAUCUUCGGUACUAAAAAUGGCCAAUAAAGACACGAUUGAUGUAGGAAUUUAUGGUGGUAAUUAGAGCAAAAAUUUCAUUCACCAUGACAAAUGUGUACAUUUUCUAAUUCAUAUAUUCAUGGCAAGCAAACGACAAUGAUUAUGAUUA